CAAAAUUGAAAACUCCGCGCAAAAUAUUAUAAAUUUUACAGUGCGUAACAGGAAUGAAUUUUUUUUCGUUAACUUGUCCCUGCAGUCGCACACAUCCGGUAAAUUUGACAGUAAAUUUUAAUUCUCUCCGCGUAGCUAAAAAUAACGAUGAUGAAAUUUUUGAAUAGCGAAGCAAAAAUUUUCAAUAUUCUUCGUCGUUUCGAAGGGUUCUUCUCGUCAUUGGUUCCUUGAAAAUGAGCGCGGCAAAGUUUUUUUCACUUGCGUCGCUUCGAUAACGAAGAUAUUUCCGGGGUGGCACUUCCUUCGCAGUUUGUUGCCGAGUCGAAAGUAGCCUAGAAAAAAAUGCGGAAAAUCACGCUGGAUUUGAGCCAGUCGUAAAUCUAAGCCGAGAACGCGAGUUCUUCUCCCUGGGACCAAAAUGGCGGCCGAGUCUGUCGCCCUGCAGCGCCGCCGGUUCGGGGAGCCGAAGGAGAGGAAGGCCAGGAUCCGUUCUCCGAUCUCGCGCGAGGGUGGCGACCUUAUAAAUAUUUUAGGAAAGGUCCGAAAGAACGAAGAAAAGCACGAAGAAGCGUAACGACGGGAAAGGAAGGUUCGCGGCGACGCUACCAGGCGGCAGCAUUGACGUGUUCACACCUUGGGGCACACCUGUGUCAAGCGCCGUUCGCUUUCGGUUAGAUUCUGUCGCGCGAGCUCGGUGGAUCUUGUUCUGGCUCGCGAGUCGCCUCGCUCCUCGCGACGUAUAACAAACAUCGAGCGGGAGCGAAACGUAACGAGAGCGCGAGUUGUGGGAGUAAUAAGCCGCGCGCGGUGGGUGAACACGCGAGACUCGAUUCACGUCGACGUCCGAGCGCGUGUCUCGGUAAACUUUCCUUCUUUAUUAUUUAUUCGAAUCGCCAUAAACGCGCACGCUCACUCGUACCAAAGUAUUUGUACACGAGCGUACAAAAGUCCGCGUUCUCGGGUGCAAAAGGCGACGAAAUACUGAACAAAAUCAUCGCGAAAUACUUGAGGAACGAUUCGCUCGGAGUUGGAUUUUCAUGUUCCAGGAGGCGAUGAAGGAGAGUCUGAUGAAACAGGAAGUCAAGAUGGAGUGGGAGGGUCGCCGUCCGGGGGAUAGUUCGCCUCAGGUGCCGCGCACAGCUGAAGAGCAGGCCGGCGGUAGUCCCCAAAGUGUUAUAACGACGCGUAGACACGUUAGAACGAUAACGACGGCAGGACACAUAACGGAAUCGAUUGCGGACGCAGAGCCGGAGUCCCCGGAGCCGAGUCCACCUUCGGUCAAGCAAGCAGCGCACAACAAUAAUAACAACAUUAAAUUGUUGCAACCGGUUGUUCAUCAGCAGCAGCAGCAGCAGUCCCUGCAACAGCAAACUGAACGAGAACAGCAAGGUCAACAACAAGACUCUCAGCAGCAGCAACAGCAGCAGGAUCCGCCGCAGGAACAGACGAAUCGCUACCAGGAAAACAAUCAUCAGUCGCAUCAACAUCAGCAGCAGCAUUACAUCAAUAUAUCACAGGCAAACAGCCCUAAAGAUCAGCAACGCGGCGUUGAACAGCACCAUCAGGUUGUCUAUGCGAGCACCAACGGCGAGGAUAUGCAACUGGAGGGUCACGACUCCAGUGAGGGAACUAUAACGAUCGGGUAUGAUACACCGGGGCCUGGUGAGAGGGCGGAAGUAGAACGGGUGUUUGUUUACGCGGAGGAUAGCGGAGACGUCAGGCGAACCGGGCACGUCAUAGCCGUCCAGGUCCAAGAGCACAGACGUCAUCACAGCCAGCAUCAUCAUCAGCAGCAGCAACAGCAGCCCAAUCAACACCAACGGUUCAGUCCCCACCACGAGAAUGGCCACGUUCCCAGAUACCAGAAUUCCCCUGUUGCUCAGCCGGAAGAGUACGAGCCAAGCGCGAUGACGACGUCGCAGGCUGGAACGGUCCAAUUGCCUUCUCCAACCCCCACGUACUCGCCGCCCGUCGAUGCCAUCCGGACCACACAGCACCAACUGGUCGCGACCGGAUACACGGAAAGCGGUAGUCCGACUGUUAAAUACGAAACGAUUGCAACGGUACCUGCGGACGCUAUCAAAUCCACAGGCACUUACACUACACUGGAGACCGUGGCGUUGUCCUCUUCACAACCUGUUCAGUACACCCAAUACGUUACGGACACUUUCCAACAUGCGAGCUACACGUACGCCAAGCCGGGGGAGAUCGCCUACCACGCGUAUCCCAAUAACCAACCCAGCAGCCGAGUUUCUGAGGUCGAGUCCCCAGCUGGGAUCUUCAUCAAGAGCGAUCCAACUCUGACAUCGACCUCGUUGCUGGUCCCCGGUAGAACGGCCCCGCUGCACUACGAGCAGCCGGGUUCACCGAGUUCCCAAGUGGCGAUUUACGGCACAGCGACGGGGCCGACCUUCCAGUUCGUCAAGUCGACCGGCGACCAGUAUUGGCAUCCCAGCGGAUCAGCUUCCCCGACGACCCUCGAGUACGUUCCCGCGUACUCGGGGAUGCCAGCUAUCUCGACGAGCGACGCGACCAGCAUGCUCUAUUCCGGAGGCAACUACAGUGUCUCGGGCACCGGAAACGGGUCCCCGUCCACGUGGCCAAUCCAAUUGGCGGGAGCGGAGGAGAGCUUCGACGGGCAAAUGUCCAACCCUCAGUCCAAGGAGUGCGUCAACUGCGCGGCCAGUUUUACGCCGCUCUGGCGUCGCGAUGGUACCGGACAUUAUCUGUGCAACGCUUGCGGGAUUUACAGCAGAAUGAACGGCGCUAAUCGACCACCGGUCAAGUCCUGCGGUGGCAAAAUAAAGCACACUGUCGCACCGUCUGGACGGAGGACGGGGGUCCAGUGCGCUAAUUGCAGAACCAGCAAUACCACGCUGUGGCGAAGGAACAACAAUGGCGAACCCGUGUGCAACGCUUGUGGUCUUUACUUCAAACUUCACAACGUGAACAGGCCAAUGAGCAUGAAGAAAGAAGGCAUACAAACGAGGAAGCGGAAACCAAAAAACCACUCGGGCAUGGGAAGUGGAGGAAUGGCAGGACCGAGCGGGCACCACAAAAACGAGAUGAAGUCGAAUUUGCUCGUGGACUCGAAGCUGCCAUUGAACAUGUUCACGAGCGGUGGUGGGGGUGACGGGGGCGAAGAACAACACUAUCUAGGCACACUGACAACCGCACAAUUAGGACACGCACACUCACCCCUUGCGUUACCCUCUGCCGCGGUCCUUAAUCGGCAGACAACCCUUACCGUGCCCCCAUUAGAGCCAAUAACGAGUAGAUCGGCUGGUGAUUUGGCAACCGUUAUUACCUCGACGAGUGCCGCCCACACCGACCGAACGUGAGCGGCUCGAAGAAUUUCCCUCGUUACGUUACAUCGCCAUCACCGCAACGAACUCUGUCGGUUGAUUUUCGAAGAUGUUUGAAGCCGAGCGUACUGCUCGGCCUGCUCGGCCAUGGGAAUAUCGAUCGUUGUCCGACUUGCCGAUCGGGAUCUGCUGUACCGACGUUCACGGAGCAAUCGAGGCGAGCUGCUUGGCAGGGACUGAAGUUUCCUGCCCUCUACGAUGGCCGAAAGCUCGUCGAGUCGUGACUCACCGUGAUCUUCGAAGGCUCGAGAGACGAUUUAUAAAUCGAGAGAGUCUGUUUCGGGGAUUGGGAAAUCGAAUGGGAGCACGGCGAGUCAACGUUUUGGGAAAAUCGAAAAGGCACCGAUCGGUAAAAAAGCUUACCGAUCGUUCGAUUUCCCCUGCCACGCUCAAACUUUCGGCAAAUUUUACCUCCGAGAGUGCGCCCGUAACCGAGGGGGCAUUGAUGAAAAUCGCCACGAGAAGUUACAGCCGCGCCUCUUGCGCCCGGCACAACGGCCAACAAAAUCGGAUCGAUCGAUCACCUUUUUUCAAAUUCAUUUUCCCACGAAGCACCCCCUUCGAGAUGACGGGCUAUUCUUACUUGCUUUUUUAUAAAUAGUUUUUAUACAACGUCGUCCAAAGAUUCGUGUGUUUAGAAUUGUAUACACAGAUUUUUACCCCAAAGAGUAAUAUAUUUGUAACUAAGCCUCUAAUAGGUAGUUUUUAGUAAAUUGCAUUCAUGAAUACGACGAAAAAUACGUUUUUUUUUAAAAAACAAUUUGAGCACUCGAAUUAGGUCGCUCUCGGUAUAUUGAUGUUCAUAUUUGUAUGUGAAUUCUUACUCCGUAAACGACCACAAACAAGGCAAUUCCCUCGAUUCCAACGUGUUUUGUGUAGUAACACAUUGUACGUAUAAAGUGUUUAUUAAGGUAGAUGGGUGACGGCUACGCGACCUUUGCACCAACUAUAUUUUUCGAUAAUAUCAAAAGACGAUAUGUACUUUAAAAUAAUAAUUUUAUUAUUUUAUAAAUAUAAUCGGUAGAGAACCAACAUUUUUGUACAAUUUUAUUAUUUAAAAAACGCUGUCAGUUUUGUUUACAAAUUUUAUAGGUUAUGGAGUGUGAGUUUACUGUCAAAAGUAGUAUUGCAGUGGAGGAAAAUGAAAAAAUGAACGAUUAAAAAGUUAGCUGGUAUAAAAAUGAUCGUUUUGUAAAAACUGAGAAAAAACGUGGCGAAGCUAACGAACGACAAAAUAUGGCUGAGCUGACGUCACAUUUUAACAUAUAUUGAAUGCAGCGUUGCCAAACGUUACUAAUCCAUUUGUCCUGUAAUCUGAAUGAUUUCUCAUCAGAUAUUUAUUAAUAUUUCAGCAGAUUUUCAACGGUAAGGUUGAAAAACAAAAAUACGCAUGUAUUCUUGAAUAUAUCCACGAAAUAAAACGAUCGAUAUUUUUUUGCGAAAUCUUGGAUAUAACUAAUGAAAAAAUUCAAUAACUUUUCACGCGUGUACGAUUUUCAUGUGCUGAAGUGACGAGGGUCAGACAAAGUCGAUAUUCAACAAUUAAUUUGCUGCUAAACUGCAUGAUAACUAGCAUCCAAAUUUUGCAAAUCUAUCUAGUACAUACUCAUUUUUGCCUACGAAGAAUAUCAUCGCGUAACCUUGGAUAGCGAAUAUUCACCCUUCUACCUUAAUUAGCGAAUAAACUUUUUUGUUACGAUUUAAGUGAUUGAGCAUCGAGUAUUUAGUUCAAUUUAAAACGAUGACAAAUUGUAAAAAUAA